CUGCCUCCCAGCAGCCCCGUUUCCGGCACAUGGCCGCCCGGCUUCUCCCUCUCCAGCCUCCGGAACCCUUCUCUGGGGACAUCCGAAAGCAAAAAAAAACCCAAACAACCGAGCAAACCAAAGCCCUGGAUCCCAUCCCCAGCCUGCCGCCUGCCUCUCCUUGAAGCCCGGUAGCCACCGGGCAACCCAGCUGGGCUGGGGCUGGCUCCCCGCAUGGGAGGAGGAGGGGAAAAAAACAACCUGAGCUGAUGGGCAGUGAAGAGGCCACCAUGGACACAGGGAUUGGGAUGCUUGAAGGGAUGACCCUGAGGGACCUCGCCGAGGAGCUCCAGGAUGAGAAGGUGAAAGGGUACAAGCAGAGACUCCGGGAACACGUGGCCCAAACCUUCUGCUGCUGUCCCGGGGAGAACCUCUCCCACUACACCCCCCUCACCAUCUCCAGGAAGCCUGGGAACAAACCUGGAAGUGAGGAUGAAGCCAUGGGCACCACCCGUGGCCCGACCACCCUCACCCUGACACCCCAGAGCCUGCUGGAGCCCCAAGGGGACGGGGACACCCCGAGGGUGCUGGUGCUGGUAGGGGCCCCGGGGAUGGGGAAGACGAUGACAGUGAGGAAGGUGAUGGUGGAGUGGGCAGAAGGAGCCCAGCACACACCUUUUGAUUACAUCUUCUGCUGGGACUGCACAGCCAUGGCCACCAGCCAGCAGGCCAGCCUCCUGGACCUGAUGUCCCAGUGCUGCCCUGGGAGGGAAGUGCCCCUCGGGCAGAUCCUGGGGGAGCAGGAGAAAAUCCUCUUCAUCCUUGAUGGCUUCGAGGCCCUGGGGUUCCCUCUGCUGGGGCCUGAGGAGGGUUUGAGCUCCGACCCCCGGGAGCCGAGGCCGCUGGAAACCACCCUGAGGAGUUUGCUGCGGAAAAUCCUUCUCCCCAAGUCCUCCCUGCUCGUCACCACCAGGCCAGCAGCUCUGCAGAGCCUGGGGAGGUGCCUGGAGGGGGAGGAUUUCCUGGAAAUCCUGGGCUUUUCGGGGGCCAGGAGGGAGGAAUAUUUCCACAGGUAUUUCGAGGACGACGCCAAAGCCACCGCGGCCUUCGGGUUCGUCAGCAGCAGCGAGAGCCUCCACGGCUUGUGUGUCAUCCCCGUCCUCUGCUGGGCCCUCUGCACCCUCCUGGGACAGGGGCUGGAGAAGAAGAAAACCCUGGCUGAGAGCUCCAGAGGCCCCACGGGGCUGGGGGUGUUCUACCUGUCCUGGGUACUGAGGAGCAGGGGCAGACACAGCCCGCAGCACCUCCGGCCGUUCCUGCACAACCUCUGCUCCUUGGCUGCCGAGGGCAUCUGGAAGCACAAGGUGCUCUUUGAGGAGGAGGAAAUCAAAGCCCGUGGCUUGGAGCAGCCAGAGCUCCUGCCCCUCUUCCUCAACGAGAAGAUCCCAAAGAAAGGGGUGGAGCAGGGGAACCUCUACAGCUUCGCCCACCUGCACCUCCAGGAGUUUUUUGGGGCGCUGUUUUACGUCCUGGAGGAUGAGGAGGGAGCAGAGGGUGGCUCGGGAGCUCUCCUGAAGGAUCUCAGAGUGGUGCUGGAGAGCUACAGCCAGUCCAGGGAGGAGCUGAGCCUCCUGAGGAGGUUCCUCUUCGGUCUGCUGAGCCAGAGAUCCAUGGAGGACAUGGACAGGCUGGGGUGCAGGAUUGCACCAGGAGCCAGAGAGGAGCUGCUGAGGUGGCUCCAGGGGAGGCUCCGAGGUCUCUCCCACCCUGGCCGAGAGCUGAAAGUCAGAGACUUGGACACUUUCCACUUUUUGUUUGAGAUGAAGGAGGAAAGCUUGGUGCAGAGCACGCUGGGGGGGUUCAGGGCUGUAGAGCUGCAGGACAUCAAGGUGACUUUGUGUGACCAAAUGGCUCUUUCCUUCUGCAUCCAGCACUGGGCUGGGCUGGGCUCCCUCAGCCUCCGGGGAUGCUCCUUCCAGCCCUGCUCCAGAGGAAAUUCCCAAGGGCAGGAAGAGCCAGGAUCCCCCAUCCACCUGCUCUGCCGGGCCCUGGCACACGCGGGCAGGGACCUCCGGACCCUCCGGUUCUGGUGGUGCCGCCUGUCCCAGAGCUGCUGUGUGGAGCUGGUGAAGCUGCUGGCCCAGCACCCCGGGCUGACCCAGCUGGAGCUGGGGGACACCACCCUGGGGGACACUGCCCUGAGCCUGCUCUGCCAGGGGCUGCAGCAGCCCCGCUGCCACCUGAGGGUCCUGCGGCUGUGGUACUCUGGCCUGACCAGUGCUGGCUGUGAGGACUUGGUAGCCCUCUUGGCCACCAGCCCCUGCCUGGAGGAGCUGGACUUGUCCUACAGCGAGGGGCUGCGUGACCCCGGGGCCCAAGUGCUGUGCCAGGGGCUGCAGGGCCAGCCCUGCCACCUCCACACCCUCAGGCUGGGGAGCUGCCGGCUGACGGGUGCCUCCUGCCCAGCCCUGGGUGCUCUGCUGCUGGACAGCCCUCAGCUCACCUGCCUGGACCUCAGUGACAAUGACCUGGGGACCCAGGGGGUCCUGCAGCUCUGCCACCACCUCCAGCACCCCUCCUGCCUCCUGCAAACCCUGGGCCUGAGCACAGCUGGGUUGGCUGAGGAAGCACUGGAGGAGUUGGAAGCCCUGAGGGACCUCAAGCCUGAGCUGAAGAUCAGGAACCUCCUGGAGCAGGAGGUGCCCCAGGCAGGAGCCAUGGCCAGGCUGCCAUUCCAGCGGGGGAUCCGGCCAGGACCAAGGGGCAGGAAAGGGCUUCCCCCCAUUCCCAGAGGUCCCAUCCCUUAGGAGAGCUCUUUGCCCCAACCAGAGCCUUCUCCAGCCCCAUUUUUAAUCCUGUUGAAACUCAUAGCUCUUACUUUUUACCACUGCCUGCAUCUCCUGGGGGUCGGGGGCCUUCCCACUCCUCCUGUCGCCACACAUGUGUAUGUGGGGAAGGGUCCUGGGUGUUUCCUGGUGCCAAAUAAACCCCCGGGACCCAUCCCUGGAACCCUCCUGUGCUCUGCUCCAUCCUCCCAGCCCUGUGCCCACCAUGCCCAGGGGAUGGGGUUGUGCUCCCCACAUCCCCAAGGGAUGGCUGAUGUACCCAGGAGGAAGAUGCCAGCCCUGGGAGCAAGGCCCCAAACUCUUCCCUUUCGGGUUUUAAUGGAAAAGCGAAUUUCACAGUGAAAGAAUUGAAAUAAUUCUCCCCUG